GUGACGCAGCGGCAGCACAAAGUGUCAGGUGUCGCACAGGUUUGACUAAAAAAAGAGUGGCUCAACGGGAACUUCCUACAGGUAGCUGGCAGAGAUGGAGAGUGGUCCGUUCAAUCGAAGGUCCUGGGCGACACAGUCCUUGCGCAUCACUGCGAAGGAGCUGUCACUCCGAGGGAAAUCCCCUGCAAUUGCAGAGCGCUUCUCCAAGUACCAGAGAGCUGCUGAGGAGACAAGUGGAGAGAAGAAAAAAGCACCUCUUGAGAAUGCAAAUUCCUCCCUGCGGUCAGGAAACCUGAGUGCUCUGAAGAAGCGCUGGGAACAAGUUCAGGACAAGCCUUCUUCAGUUCCACCUGCAAACCAGUCCAGCAUUCGCCGUAGGCCUCCUGCUCUGACCAGACCCGCUAAUAUUACUGAGCAACGUCCUCCAGUAGAAAGCCCUGGCCCAGAAGGUGAAGAACAGACAGGGAUGGACAGGCAUGAGCUGACACACAGCAGCAGACCUGACAAGCUUGAACAUCAAGGUCCAACUAGCCCGCGUGCCUCUUUUGAAAAACCCACAGUGCCACUGAACAACCUCAAGAUGAAGUUUGAGAGGGCAGAAGACACCAAUGCCAAGGGUGGCAGGACAACAAUACGCAGUACUUCAUCAGAGGACAUGGACCACCACAGCAGUCUGUCUGUGUCAGACAGAGGGUCCCUGAGAGACAAGGUGGCCAAAUACCAGGCUGCUGUUUCUAAACAAGGGACUACACGCUCUGAUCUGGCUUCAGAGGUGUCUGCUCCAAAAACAUCUGCACCUGUAAAUGAGAAACACACGACUGCCCCGGAGUGUAAUGGAGACGGCACCGAGCAACCCAAAGCAGUCAGAAAGUUCGGCCCUCCAGUGAGAGAGACCUGCAUUGCUUGUCUGCAGACUGUGUAUCCACUGGAGAGACUGGAGGCUCACAAGCAGGUCUACCACAAAAGCUGCUUCCGCUGUGUUCACUGCAGCACAAAGCUCAGUCUGGGAAACUUUGCCUCCCUGCAUGGUAACAUCUACUGCAAGCCCCAUUUCAGUCAGCUGUUCAAAUCCAAAGGCAACUAUGAUGAAGGCUUUGGCCACCGGCCCCAUAAGGAGCUGUGGGAACCGCGAGCUGAUGGAGAUGAAAAUCAGGAAACUGUGAAUAAGCCAAAAGAACAAGAGGAGCCAGCGAAGGUGACACGUCGAGCUGAGAGUAUCUCAGACACAGAGCCAGCCACGACUGAGGAAACGUCCCCACAGGUUAAGGUCACAGACCUUACUGCCUUAUUGGAGACUAGCGUGGAAACCAAGGCAAGCUCUGGUGAGAAACAUCAGUCUGCAGAGAAGCCAGCUGAGAAGCGCAGGCUGAAGGUCGCUUGGCCUCCUCCGGCUGGUGACGGUCAGUCUGGGGCAGCGCCACUCAGUCCGCUCACAGAGGGCGUUGCUUCAAGCCGAUCCUGGAGAGCAAAGUGGCCUCCAGAGGAUGAAGCACCGUCGUCUUUCCAGAGCUCAGAGCGGGCUGAACUGAAGAGCCUGAGGAGGAGCUCUUCUCUGAAGGAGCGCAGCCGACCAUUUACAGUCGCUGCUAAACCCAAUCCCACAACCAGUGUGGGUCCUAGAGAGCCUCGUCGCCCCCUCAAAGCCCUGCUGGAAUGGAGAGCAUCGUUUGAAGAAAAAACAUCAUCUCAAGGGUCUUCCAAAGAAAAGAAGCCUGAAGUCCAGGAAGUAAAACAAAAGGAAAAGAAAGAACAGAAGAUGCCUGAAACAUCAAGUGAAGCUACAGCAGCGGCAAGUGAGACCAUCUCAGAGAACAACAUGAAGAGUCUGCCUGAGAAAGAGGAAGGAGACAAACAAGUACAAAAAGGAAACUCGGCAGAUGACAAGAUGGCAGUGGAAGAGGGUUCUUUGAGAAGGCUUUCUCCUGAUGUCUCACCUUCCCCUUCUCCCCCUUUACAGCCAAAACAGAACCGCGCCUCCCAGGAUGUGGGCUUCUGGGAGGAUGACAAAGAAGGAAGUGAUGCUGACGAGCUGAGUGCAGAAGAUAUAAUCAAGAGGAACCGCUAUUAUGAGGAGGAGGAGGAGGAGGACUGUGAGUCAUAGGAACGCAGUCUUACUGUCACGUCCAGCCACCAUAAAACACUUUGCCAGUUUUAUUUUCUCAGUUUAUAGGAAGAUCAUAAAUUUAGCUUUGUCAGAUUUUAUAGUUAUUGGAGAAAUACAAAAGUGAAUUAUAGGUAUGUGUGUAUAUAAAUAUUGCAAUAACUGCCUUUACCUGUUAAAGUGCAAGUGUUUGAUUCUUUUCUUUUACAUUUUAAUUCUAUAUUGUAAAAAUAUCUCAUAGAACAUGCAUUAUAUGACUGCUGAUCAUACUGGAAGGGGCCCUGAUAAAUGCAUCUCUGCACCUCAUCUUCUGAUGAUUAUCUGCAUCAUCAGUAGCUUUUUUUUUUUUUUUUACAGCGAGUGGGUCCAAAAACCAUUAUACCUAUUGUGGCACUUAAUUGUGCCUUUUAAUCACAGGCAGUGUCACACUGAAUAAAGCAAAACAGUCAUUCUGUGGCCUUCAUAGAAUGCAGAACACAAUGCAUGUGGACAUUGUAGUUCAGAUUACCACAUAUCAGUUUAAUUAAUAGUUAAAUGGAGAGAAGAUUAGAAACAGAACCCAAAUGAGAAUGCUCUGGAUCAGGUUUAGCUAACCUCAAAACAACAAUGGACAAGUUUUGUCCUCUCUCAGGGAUGGAAAUGCUGUCUGUCAGGGUCGGUGCUCCCUCAUAUCCAUGCAUUUGUACUGUAUCUCCUCUCACUAGACUGUUCUACCAUGCCACUGUCAGAGCUGUUGAAAUUACUUAGCAUUCCCAUCCUCAAGCAAAGUUAUGAGAGUUCAUGUGGUGUCACAAAACUGAAAGUAGGAAGCCACCUGCUUUUUGAUGUUUAUUGAGACUUUAGCUUUGUCAAAUACCAGAUUAUGCACAAUUACAAGUAACUUAGGCUUCGAAAAUGUACAUACAGACAAGUCAGGGAACAAUAAGAGAAUCCUGCACUGAAAGGGAAAACUGCAAAGGGAUUAUCCCAGUCAUAAGUGUAACUAUGUUAUGUAGCCUUUAUAUGUUAUCUGGUGGGAAUCAGAGAACAUCAGAGAGCCUGUGUGAAUUGAUCUAUGGUUUUGUUGCCAUGACCACAAUGAAUGAGAAUAUAAUUGAACGAAGUUUCUGUUGGUAGCCACCUUUUCAGUGUAAUAUCUCAAAGUAUAUCAUCUCUAGGGGCCUUCUGAUUUGUUGUUUAACAUUUUCAAAUGUAAUCCAGUUUAUAUGUAAAACACUUUGUAUUUUAUAUGCCCUGGAAUAUAUAUUUGCACAAAAAAUUUUAAUAAUUUGUAUGACGCAUUGGGCAUUACUGUCUGUGCUGUUGUUGAAACAUAAUUAAAAUAUACCAUUAAGGAAAUUCA